CACUACUACUGUACUGUCUACCAUAGUUUGAAUUUUGAAUAGCGAACAGCCAGCCUCUCUGCGCUGCUGCUGGUGCUGAAGGCUGCUCACUGAUAUACUGAAAAAGCAGUGUCCUCCCUUCAUUCAUCUGCCGCCGCCGCCGCCGCCGCCGCCUCCUCUCUGAUCCAGCCAAUUAGCCCAAAGAUAUCGUGAUCAUGCUUGCGUUGUGAGCUUUGGCAUUUGAGCUAUCUGUUUGUCUUCCUCUGCAGUCUGCACCAUGAACUUGCAUUCUCUUUCCUCACAUUCUCAUUACCCCAAGCCAAAUUUUUUCCCGGAGAAAUACACAGAUUAUGCCAACAAAGGCAAGAUCGAUACUUCUUGUGCUUCAGAGGUGAAUGGUUCAAUCAUGGAUGCCAAAAUAUCCAAGACACGCAACACAUACAUGCUGGGCAAUUCUUGUAGAUUCCAGCUAGAGCAAGAUGUUCUACGGCUUCAAAAGUUGCUGAAUGAGGAGAUGAAGUUGCAUGCUAUCCUUGAAAAUGCUAUGGAACAGGCCACCAUAACAUCAUCUGACCUGUCUUCCCUCCCAGAUAAUGUAUCCAUAUUCUCUUUUUGGAUUGCGGCUUUCCAUCUGAAGUUGGCUGUGUUUGUUUGUGUUGCUAAGUCAAAGAUUGCUCUGAAAAAGUUUUUGCAAACUUGUACUUCUAUAUGA